AUGAACUCUGACCAGGAUGAUGACAGUUUUUUUCGGGGAUCAGGACAUACAAGUAGCUUGUUCACCGACAAUGAAGACCAGGAAGAAGCAGGAGGAGCAGAAGAAGCAGGAGCAGAAGAAGAAGAAGAGGAUGAGUACAAUGAUGAGGAUCAACAUCGUGAUGAACAGAGGGAUGAAGAGGAUGAUGCUCAUGGGUCAUCCUGUCGAAGCCGGCACCCUGAAAUCACUGCUAGUGAUGAGGAGGAUCAUCAUCGGAGACGUCGUCGCCAUCCAGAACAGAGGGAUGAAGAGGAUGAGGCUCAUCAGUCAUCCCAUCGAAGCACCCCUGAGCCAGCCUCUAGUGACGAGGAUGAUGGACCUCUGCACCAUCGACAAGGAGAAAUCAGACAUGGAGAAUGGGAUCCAGAUGAUGAUGUUGAUGGUAAUAACAUUCGCAUUUGGGGUGUCCACACAUCAAGAGAUGUCACAUUGGGGGAGUUUGUUCAAGAAUGUAGUCAACUUUGGAUGCAUCAGAAUGUUUCAACAAGGAGCAUCGCACGUCGUGGAAAGUAUCUCCACUAUGUAUUGUGUGGGGAAUACGGCAAGGAUCAUUACAUCAAUCUCACCAUGGCUGGAGCUGACCUGCCAGAACCAAAAGUGACAUUGACAAGGGACUAUGACUCGGUCAUUGCAAUCUGUGAUCGUGUUCCAGAUCUGGAAAUGCCGAUUGAGUUUGCUACUACAUAUCAGCCGACGAUGUCAAUGCAAGGUGAUCAUCACAUGAUCCUUUCAUGCAUGCGAAAGAGAGACAGGACGGAUGAGCCAGGACCAUAUGCAGAGGGAGGACUCUGGUGGAUUCCGAGCAGUGUGAUUGCAUGGCCAACACGGAAUGGAAGUGGUACAAGAAUACCACGAUGCGAGAGUGUCAUCCAAGUGCCCAGUGAGGCAGGUUGGAAUUUGUUGGGCAUUAGAAAGACACUGAAUGAGUUCUGUUCUGAAGAUAGUCGCAUGAAGCAGCGACAAUUGGUGGAAUGGAAGCCAACGGGUCAGGUCAUAGGAUGCACGAGGAAAGCCAAGGGUCGAUCUGAGGAGCCAAUGCCGAAGACAGAAAGGCUAGCUCGACGGAUAGAAAUGCCAGAAAAAUCAUAUGACUAUGGGCCCGAUCUGCCACCAGAGGACCGGAUAUAUGACGAACAAUAUCCGGAGCAUGCCAGGACAUUUCUGAAUCAAGUACUACAGCAAUAUGUGUCUGACAUGCUGCAGAAGGUUGGACGGGCGAAAUGUGGAUGGGAGCAUUCUCCUCUGACACAGAAUGAACGGCGGAUGGUCGACAUCCGUAUCAUGAAAGAAAAUGAUCUUGGAGGAGUGUUGACACAUGCACGAAUGCAUGAAGGAACAGAGAGCCAGUGGGAUUCACUGUUUGACAACAUCUUCCGGACUCCGAAUGAACUGAACACGAGGAAACAAUGGUCUGCACGGAUGGAAGAUAUGCGAAGAGCACUGAAGAGGGCAUUUGAUGAAUUCCUGUGGUGUGUUUGGUCUGAUAGUACAUGGGUGUGUGUUUAUGAGAAGUCGGGAGGGGAACUGAUUAAACCGGAACAAGUUCGAAAAGAGGAUCUACCAUGUUCAGCAGUCCGUCUCAUCCGGAAUCCAUGGAUAGAGAACUGGAGAUUUGAUAUUACGAGUGGCCACAUGCCAGCAUUGUGGAAUGUCGAGGAAUGGGGGGAUAGGGAGGAUGAAGAGGAAAUCAUGGCGAUAAUUGAGAGGGAAGAAAGAGAGAAGCAAAAAGAGAUGGACAUGCAGGAAAGAGAAGAUCGCAUUCUCCGAGAGCGCAGAGAAGAAGAGGAAUCAUCAGAGGAUGAAGCAGAGCCAGACAUCAGGAGGCAAAUAACGGAUGAAAGGGAACCAAUCACUAUGGAAGGGAACCGAGGGAUGCUGCUGGGAGAGCCCAUUGUGUCGCCCACUCAGCGUCGAAAUUGA